AUGGCGGCUCGCCCGCUUGUAACUGUUUACAAUGAGAAGUACGAGGCUACGGAGACCCAGAUCAAGCUGCCGUACGUGUUCCGCGCACCAAUCAGGCCGGAUGUGGUGAGCUUCAUCCACGAUCAGAUGUUCCGUAACAAGCGUCAGGCUCAUGCUGUCUCUACUAUGGCUGGUAAGUGA